AUGGUGCGACGAUACAAAAAGAAGACGGAUAGAAAAAAGUGGUCUGGGACCGAUUUAUCAAUGGCUAUUGAAUCGGUGAAAAGUGGAAAAACCAUCAAAGGCAGUGCCAGUCAAUACGGUAUUCCUCGCGCGACACUGCAAAGAAAAAUCGCUAAUCCGAACUCAAUUAAUGCUGGUUUCCAAAAGGUAUUUUCAUUGGAACAAGAAAAUUCCCUCUAUGACUACGUGAUUGAUUUGGAGAAAAGACUCAUGGGACUGUCAACUACAGAUCUCAGGAAGUUGGCCUAUGACUUUGCCGUACAGUUGGGUGUUUUACACUCUUUCAACAAUGAAACUGGUCUUGCUGGAAGAGACUGGCUGCAAAGUUUUAUGCAACGCCAUGACCUUUCCAAUCGAAAGGCUGAGCCUACGUCAGCUGCUCGUGCAGAUGGAUUUAAUCGUCAGAGUGUUGACAAGUUCUUUCAGCUCCUGCUUGAAGUACAGAAAAAAUAUAACUUUCAGUCUUCCAACAUUUAUAAUGUUGAUGAGAUAGGCAUAUCUGUCGUACCUAAAUCAGGAUCAAGAGUUAUUGCUGCAAAAGGAAGGCGACAAGUAGCUGGAAAAAUAGCUGCAGAGAGAGGAGAGACGAUUAGCGUUGAGCUGUGCUUUUCAGCAAGAGGAAAUUAUAUGCCACCCAUGCUAAUUUUUCCUCGCGUCAAGACAAACGAAUCAUAUUUGCAAGGGAAGCCAGAGGGUUCUUGGGCUGUUUUCAGAAAAAGUGGCUGGAUGGAGACUGAUACAUUUACAGAUUGGUUUCUUGCGUUUGUCAAGUUCUCAAGAGCAUCAUUACAUAAUCCGGUGCUUUUAUUAUUGGAUGGCCAUUGUACCCAUGUUAAAAAUUUGAAAGUGGCUGAAUUGGGCAAAAAACAUGGUGUUGUGAUUUUAUGCUUUCCUCCGCAUUGCACUCAUCGCAUGCAGCCUCUCGACGUUGGCUUUAUGAAGCCAGUGGAUACUUACUACUUAGAAGAGGUAAAUAAAUUUCAGCGCACUGGUACUAAUGUUCAGAUGAAAGAUGUUUUCAGUCUAUUUGGCAAAGCGUGGCAGAGAGCAGCAAAAAUGGACACAGCUGUGAAUGCAUUUAAAACAACUGGUCUAUAUCCUUUAAAUGCAUCAGUCUUUGAUCCUUAUUUUGCCAAAGAGGAGGUGGCAUCCUCUUCCACAACAGAUACAGAUUCAGAAUCUGUCAACCGCUCAUUCUAUAGAGAGACACUUGAUAAUAUUACGCAGAACAUCGAGUUCAUCUGUGACAGCUAUAAAUAA